CAUCGGCUGGCGAACUGGCGAUAUUCGGAACGGCGGCGCGCGAGAUACGUGGUAUGACAAUUCGGCGCGUGGCAGGUGUGCGGGAUAAUCGCCGGCGGUGCUAUCGCGAUCAAUUCCUUCCCGGGAAUAGCGGAGGCUCUUCUUCGCGCCUCUUCGUCGUUCACGGGGGCAAUUACCGGGAUCGGCACGGCACGCGAGAACGCAGAACGCAAGAAGAGGAAUCAAGAGCAAUUACGAAUCGAUAGAUGCAACUGAGAGGCGUUAGUCGCGAUGGAGCACAAUCGACGUUAGUGUGAUCGCCUGGAAUGAAGCAGUGAGAUAAAGGCUCGCGCGCGGAAUUAGCGGAAUGCAACGUUUAUAAUGAGAGACUGUCUUGGCAAUAGCGCGAACUAACAACGCGCCCGAUACAAAAUAUCGGCAAUUCCUUCCGCUGUCGUGCUCGUAUCGGAUGCCAGGCCUACAAAACUCAGGUUUCCGACCUGUUUGUUUAACCGGUUUCAGUCAGCGAAGACGACCGGCGAUCGGCUUAUCUGAUUUGACAGACGAAUGUUGUUGUAAUUAAAAAUAUAUUUAUCUAAGUCGACUUCGUAUUGACUCGGAUGUAUGAUUAUCACUUUGAAUAAUUAUGCUUGGAAUCGGUAUCGGACGAUUCGGUGUUCCAUUCGGAUUUUCUACGACAACAAUCGCGAUCGUGUAAACGUGUUCAACAAUACCGAUCGACGCAACAUGCAACGCGCGUCACUUCGUUCCCGGGAACGGAGGCGAUCGUUGUAGUAAAUCGAUCGUGGGGAAAAUCACGCCGGUGUGUCGAGUAUCUGCUUCCGGUGUCGUUUGUCGUCAUGAGUACAAAAAUCGAAAGACGCGCGGCGACGAGCGUCACGUCGGGUUUAUCGGGCUCGCACCCGAUGACCCGGAAGAGCUCGAGAUGAAAACGCGCAUCGCGUCCGCAUCGCAGGAUGUCGUCGGGGCUGGCCGGAUGAAGGCGAAGAGAGAACGGGACGGGAUGAGGACGACCGGAUGGAUUUCUGCGGCGAUCGCCGGCGGAACGGCGAAUCGUUCGUUGGUGCUGUUGAUCGCGUGCUGCUGCUGCUGGCUGCUGAUCGGCCAGUGCGCCGGGCAGAAGCCGAUCAACCUCGGCAGCAGCAAAAAGCGCGACGUCUACAUUGCGGGCUUCUUCCCGUACGGCAUUCACGUGCCGGAGGGCCACAUCGGCCGUGGUGUCAUGCCCGCGGUGAAGCUCGCGGUGGAGCACAUCAACGAGCAUCCCACGAUACUCAGGGACUAUCGGCUACACAUGUGGUGGAACGACACGGAGUGCAGCGCCGCCGUCGGGAUGAAAGCGUUCUUCGACAUGAUGCACAACGGGCCGCACAAGGUGAUACUCUUCGGUGGUGCUUGCACACAAGUCACGGACCCGAUAGCGAAAGCUUCGAAACACUGGCGCCUUACGCAGCUCAGCUACGCGGACACCCAUCCUAUGUUCACAACCAAUAGCUUCCCGAAUUUCUUUAGAGUUGUGCCGUCUGAAAACGCUUUGAACGCACCGCGAGUAGCGUUGCUGGUGCAUUUCAACUGGACCCGGGUCGGCACGAUUUAUCAGAACGAGCCCAGAUACUCAUUGGUGCACAAUCGACUGGUGGCCGAUCUAGAUGAGAGCAAGAUGGAGGUCGUGGAGACACAGAGCUUCGCUACUGAAGUGACAACGGCCCUCGAGAAGCUCAAGGAGAGGGACGUGAGAAUACUCUUGGGAAAUUUCAACGAGGCGUGGGCCAGGCAGAUAUUCUGUGAGGCUUAUAAGUUCGGCUUGUACGGCAGAAAGUAUCAGUGGAUAAUCAUCGGGACUUACACUAGGGAGUGGUGGCUGCGCCCGGGCGGCGGAUGCGCCCCCUCCGAGUUGUCUGAGGCUCUCCACGGUGUCAUCCUGACGGAUCUGCUUCCGCUAACGACCGAGGAGCAGCACACCACGUCCGGAAUCACGCCGAACCAGUACCAAACCGAGUAUAACUCCAGACGAGGCGCCGAGUACUCCAGGUUUCACGGAUACACGUACGACGGUAUCUGGACGGUCGCGCUGGCUGUAAAACACGUCGCGCGCAGGAUACGACACAUCCGUCGUAACCAGACUAUAUCCGACUUUCGGUAUAGGGACGAAUUAUGGGAGAGGCUCUUCCUCGAUGCCCUGAGGAAUACAAGCUUCGACGGUGUCACGGGGCCGGUCCGCUUCUACGAUAACGAGAGGAAAGCGUACAUCCUCCUAAAACAAUUCCAAAACGGUCACGAGGUAAACGUAGGCGAAUACGAUAGCAUCACCGGCAUUCUGGAUUUAACCAGAGGCAAUGCCUCGCUGUGGGGCGGCAGAUCGCCGCCGAAAGACAGAACCGUUCGCAUCAUCGAGCACUCGACGGUGGACAUCACGUUGUACGCGGUGCUAGCCUCGGCCGCUAGCAGCGGUAUCGUCUUGGCGUCCAUUUUUCUCGCCAUCAAUAUCAGAUACAGAAAUCAAAGAUACAUCAAAAUGUCAUCGCCCCACCUGAACAACCUCAUCAUCAUCGGCUGUAUGCUGACCUACAGCAGCGUUAUCUUCCUCGGACUAGACUCGCAAUUAUCGAGCGUGGCGGCGUUCCCGUAUAUCUGCACGGCUAGAGCGUGGCUGCUGAUGGCCGGUUUCUCGUUGGCCUUCGGCUCCAUGUUCUCGAAAACGUGGCGCGUGCACUCCAUAUUCACCGAUGUGAAGCUCAAUAAGAAGGUAAUAAAAGAUUACCAAUUGUUCAUGGUGGUCGGGAUAUUGUUAGCCGUCGAUCUCACGAUCAUGACGACGUGGCAAGUGGCCGAUCCAUUCUAUCGGGCUAUCAAACAAAUGGAGCCCUAUCAUCACCCUUCCAGCGAGGAUAUAAUCAUUAUCCCGGAAAACGAGUAUUGUCAGAGCAAUCAAAUGAAUAUUUAUCUGAUUUGCAUAUAUUCAUACAAGGGCCUUUUAAUGAUAUUCGGUGCCUUUUUGGCAUGGGAAACGCGGCACGUUAGUAUACCGGCAUUAAAUGACAGUAAAUACGUGGGGAUGAGCGUCUACAAUGUUGUUAUAAUGUGCGUCACCGGUGCAGCUAUAAGCUUUGUGCUGACUGACAAACAGGACGCAAUGUUCAUAAUGUUGGCGGUGUUCAUUAUAUUUUGUAGUACAGCUACUCUUUGUCUGGUUUUUAUUCCUAAGGUAAUAGAAUUACGCAGAAAUCCACAGGGGGCGAUAAAUAAACGGACCAGGGCGACUCUGAGACCUAUGUUGAAAAUACGAAGAGACUCGACAGUCAGUGAACUCGAUGACCGCUUAAAGGAAGCGAAACUGGCGAAUAAAAAAUUCCGGAAGCAAUUGUUGCAAAAGGAUUCCGAGCUUCAGGGAUUUUUAAGAAGAAUGGGUGAAGAGACUGAGAUCGAAACACAAGAGACGAUCGACACGCUGCCGGUUCCAAAGCAGGAAGAGACCGUUAAAAAAGAAGGACCAUCGAUAACCACAGAGACGACUGAUGUUUCAAUGUCUAUGUACAGCUUGAAUUCAUCGACCGUUUCGCAACCGGAGGGUGAUUAUGUAAACGUGGAUCAAGUAGCAAAGAAGAGGGGAUCCAUCUCGAAAGCCACCUUCGACAACGAACGAAUGGCUGUGAUGGCUCAGGCGAUCGAAGAGAGCACUUCUCCGGUGGACACGCCAUCGUCACCGUUGCUGUCGCGAACGUCCACGGGUACGACGACGACGAUGACAACGAUGAUGAUGGCGGUAACAACUACGGCGACGACAACGACGACGACGACGACGAUGACGACGACGACGACGAUGACGACGACGACGACGACGCCGAUGACGACGACAACGAUGAUGACGACGACGACGGCGGCGGCGAAGUAUCACACGUGCGGCAUGGAAGUAUCGCGGCGCAAGAGCGGUGCCGGCGAGGCCGGCAAGGAGGGCGAGCCGUUGCUGAUGCGCAAUAGGGGUUCGAUGCCGUUGCCGAACGACGCUGUGACGACGCGCUACGAUUUUGUGCCGCCCGUCGUCGAGGAGGGUGAUUCCGUGAUCCUGGAGGAGACCGAGAUCGCGAGACACGUCUGUCACGUGAGGAGGCGGAGUAAGGACGAACGCAGGGCGAAGCUGUCGACACCGCCGCCGACGAAGAACGUCUCCUUCGGCGAGCUCCACGAGCAGAGCUACAUCGAGCAAGUGAUCAUGCCGUUUCCGUUGCAGUACGUGCCAAAUCAUCGGCAUAACGAGAAAUACGAGGAGUCUAUGUCGACGAUCAUCCAGCGUUCUAUGUCGGAGCGCUCGCGGGAGAAGUGCCUGCGGCUGCACAUCGGCGGCGGUCACCCCAUUGUCGAAUGCUCGCACCGUGUCGCACGUCGUAUGUGCCGGCACGCGGGCUCGAAACUGCGCCACCAGGCGCGGUUGGAGUACGUGCAGAGUACGCCGAACGUGGCGACGAUGCACAACGGCAAGCACGCGGUGGCGAAUCCGCGUGGCGGAACCGGCGACGUGAACGGUGGUUCCGCGGUGAACGUCUCGAAGAUGUACAGUGCCGUAUCGGACGGUGAACUGCUGGAUCUCACGAUCCUGCCAAUUUUUCAGAAGCUCCUCACCGAGCGGCACAAGAGCACUGCCAGGCGGGGCUAUCGCUCGAAUAUAGCUAGUUGCCCGAAUAUAUCCAUCAAAUGCGAUAUCGUCGAAUAUCUCUAACGGCCAGCCAACGAUCUGAUUCUCCUCAUCGCAUUGACACGCGCAUCGCGAACUUGCGUUUCUCGUCACGGACUCACAAUCGGUAGGUGCGUUAAAUCGAUUGUUUCAGUUAAUUAGUUGAUCGCGCGUUCGCAAGAAACGUCUUUUGCGGAUCGUUAAGCAUCUCGAGCGAGCGGCCGGGGAGUUUUUAUCGUUAUCCGCAAUAAUUCAUCGUUAAAUUGAACAUAUUGGGACAUUUUGACAUUCCGUUGAUUCAUUUGUAAGAUUAAUGAUGAGCUAAAACCGUUAUCGCUGCCGGGUUAGUUAAUGCAUUAUUCGUUCCGUCUCGCGCGUCCUCGCUUUUCGUAUGUCUUUUCGUACGGUUUUUCGUACGGCACUCUUGAUAUCACAAUAAAGCGUAUAUAAAAAAACGAGAAUAAAAAAAAAAUUGAUAAUACAACACUCUAGUAACAAUACCUAAUGCUCGAAUCGCUCUCGUCGAUAUGCGAGACAAGCAACAGCCGACGAAUAAAGGUAAGAUUUUUUCUAUAGCACACGGAAUAUUUUCUAAUGACGACGACUCUUUAAGCGUAAGAAUACAAAACAGAGAAGAUGAAUUCGAAAGUUCAAGUGAAUUCUCUCGUGUGAGUACGAAAACUCAAUAUCACCGAAAUUUCAAAUUUCUCUGUUCAUCUCACUUGUCGUUGUUUGGUUCUAGACGUAAAGCGAACUAAAUAUACGGAUUUGCGCGCGGUACUAUCGAGCACACUUAUGUUAGUUACUUGAACGUCAGUCAAUAGAUCUUGUAUCUCAUUAGUGACGCAGCAUAUUACGCGAUAUAUAACAAACACUGCGAGGAAGUAAACAGGAAUAAACUUCGUAUAUAUCCGUGAUAUAACAUACAUUUUCGGGGAUGAAGUCGGGAAGGAGGAGAGGAAAUGGGAGUUGUCUAUGUAAUCGAUAUAGCGAAUCGGAGAGAAGAAGGUGGGGAUGGAGACCCUAGCAGCGAACAAAUAUUGUUUAAAUAUUUCUUAGUACGAUCGAAGAAUAUUUUUGUGACACGACUUUAAGACAUUAAACUAGUUCUAGAGAUAAUGCGGUAUUAAUUAAUGAAUAUACCUUCGAAAUAUUUACAAGACAAAGUUACAAGAAAGAAAAAAAAAAAUAAAUAAAUAAUAAAGAUAUUUGUUAGCCGCGGCAAAUCAGAAAGUAGAUUUAACUGUUGACUGUUAUAGCUAUUUCCACCUUGUAAAGGAGAGUUUUCAUAACGAACGCUUCCGAGGAAAAAAAAAAUAUGAAGCGGUCGCCAUCGGCUAACAAGUGUUUUUCAUAGAGAGAACAUACAUAUAUCUAUAAGAAACGUUGUUGUUAAGGCAAGGAUAUCGAGAACAUGUGUUAAUUAGGAACAUGUCCGUUCUCUUCUUCGGGCGCCCGUUUUUACGUGGAUCGCCAAAUCUCAGGCCGGAAGACGGCAGAAAAAGCCGGUACUUUACAAAUACUAAGAGUAAGUUUUCCCUCGCGUACAUUUCUAAAAUGAAUAACUAUGUGUUUGUAAAUAUAUGUUACAAAGUAAUAUAGUCAUUGAAUAUUUCCUACAACACCUAACUCGGCGUAUUUAGCCAAUUCUAGGAGAUAUGUAAUUAUGUUUACCAGAUAUAUUUCGUUCUCCGCUAGGGUGCUGUGUUCAAGAUACCUCGGGAAGUGCGGCGGAGCGUAUUUAUAAAUGCCUUCGGAUAUAUCUCUAGAACUGAUAAUUAUCGAAUCGAAUCGAAUCAAUGCAUGCAUUGUCAAUUGCCCAUAUCCUUUCGUUCACUAGAAAGUAUAUAUAAACAACAAGUUGCGACACAGAUGAAUUCGCGACGAGGGAAUCAUCGCGCGGAAUUGAAUAGGAAAUCUUUUUUGGUCCUGAAACGGGGUCAGAUCGCAUCAGCGGACAUAAAUGCGUGGUUGAGAGAUAAAAUGGAUAUCAUUUUUCCGCGGAGUGAAAUUUUGUUAUUCCAACUUUUAAGUGGAGUUAUUAAAAGUAAAGCCUUAAGCAUUUCUGUAAGAGAUUCCUAAGUUUCCUAAGUUGUGCGAUUUCAGAAGUAAAACAAAACGGCUCAUCCAACAUUACUUAUGACGUGUAUUCAUGACCAAAGUUAAAGAAGUCUAAGAAGAAAAAGAUAAAAAGAAAAAGAUGAAAUCCCUUUUUAUUUUUUCAACGUGUCUCGCGCAGUUACUUUUUCUCGUGUAACAGUAUCCCGUUUUACAAAGACGGAAGUUUGUCGUGCCAUUCGCGAUUAAAUUUAGAGAUACAACGAUUUCAAGUUUUGUCAAGGGCAACAUUGCGAGUUUUCAACAGCGUGUCUUGCGUCGUUUAAAAUUUUUAGCGCAAGCUAAAGAGAAAAAAAAAAA